UCAAACCUUAAAGAACAUAGAAUGGAGUUCUUUGACAAAGCUAAAGCUGUAAGACUCCGCAGUCAUCAUGGCAAGUACCUAGUCGCCAACGAAGACGAGGAAACAGUCCGUCAAAGCCGGAAAGGCGCCUCCCAACACGCACGUUGGAUGGUCGAGUUCGUCGAAGGCAAUAGCCGCCUCAUCCGUCUCAAGAGCAUCUACAACAAGUACUUAACCGCAAGUGGUGAACCAUAUCUACUAGGCACGGCAGGCAACAGAGUGUUGCAAACAUCCGGAAACGAUGGUUUUGCCGAAUGGGAGCCGAUUAAUGAUCGGAUGCAAGUGAAGUUCAGGGCAAAGAAUGGGAAGUUGCUGCGAGCCAACGGCGGACCACCACUGUGGAGGAACUCGGUAACGCAUGGUAUUCCACAUAGAACUGCUACACAAGAUUGGGUUCUCUGGGGUGUGGAUGUGGUUGAGAUAUUGGAACUCGAUUCUUCAUCUCAUGUAACUCGUAAUUCCAAGCGUGCAUUUGGAAGAGAGGCAAGGUUUCUAUGA